AUGGUCAGUCCUUGGCCAUUUGCUCAAUGGGGACUUGACCUCAUCGGACCUAUACCUGAGGGUAAGGGCCAGGUCAAGUACACGAUUGUUGCUGUAGAUUACUUCACCAAGUGGGCUGAAGUUGAAGCCUUAGCCACCAUCACUGCAGCUCGCAUCGAAACAUUCGUUUGGCAGAAUAUCACAACGGUCGGCCUAAAGAUACAUCUUUGCUUCGCCCCCCCAGCCCAUCCUCAAUCCAAUGGCCAUGUUGAAGCUGUGAACAAAAUCAUCAAGAAGAUUUUGAAGACCAAACUUGACAAAGCCAAGGGUUGCUGGCCAAAGUUACUCCCAAAGGUUCUCUGGUCCUAUUGCACCAUCUUCCGUACCUCCACAGGGGAAACGCCUUUCUCUCUUUCCUUUGGUACCAAAGCUGUAGCACCAGUGGAGAUUGGCCAGCCCACAUAUCGAACCUCCACUUACGAUUCUGAAGCCAAUGACCAGCAGUUAGCCCUGAACCUAGACUUCAUUGACGAGCUUCGUGACCAAUCCAACAUGCGCGACGUUGCCUACAAACAGUGUAUCGCCAAGUACUACGAAUCCCAAGUCAAACUACGUGCUUUCAGGAUUAGGGACUGCGUCAUGCACAAGGUUUCCUUGACCACCAAAAACCCUACUGAACGUACUUUGGGUCCUACAUGGGAAGGUCCUUAUGAGAUUACUAAAGGCUGCCGCCCCGGCACUUAUAUAACGACCCAGUCCUAA